UGCAUGGCUUACUCAUACUGGCUUCCCCUCUCCGAAGAAUGGUGGCGAUGGAGGAAGCCCCGUUGCCAUGUCCGAGUCGACCAUGGCCCCGUUCUGUUACAGCACACAGCACAAAGAGGAGUGCGGCGCCAGAAUGUCCAUCACUUCUUUCUACGGCCAAGCUUUAAAUAUGGAGGAUGCGACAUGGCGCCGCUUCUGUGUCUGCGUGCUUUUGCGGAACCUCUUGCCGCGGCGUCUUCCUCCCCUCACUAUCUCGAAUACAAAUCCUCAGUUCGCAUGCUAAACUUCUAUGCACACAGACAAAAAGUGAAAUCCCCGCACAGAAUAUCUGAAGCUUCGUAACAAUCAUCCGCAAUUUUGUUCUCCGAAACUGAGCUCACAAUUUUUGUAACUGGAAGGGAUGAGUGUGGCUGCGAUUUGAAGUGCGUUCAGCAGUCCUGAGCCGACUUCGGUUCGGUUCUGUCUUUUUCCAGAAAGUUUCGUCUUAUUUUAACGUGGAAAAGAUUACUGCACAAAUACAAUCAUCAGGCGUGAUGGAGUGGGGACAACGAGAACGACAGGGAGCGACGCGAUGAACUUGCGAAGUUAAAAGACGAAAGGAGAAGGACUGAGGCUUUACUCCAGUGUCAUUGCGGUGUCCGCCCCUCCGGAUUGCUUGCACCUGGAACUGAGAGCUCUUGGUGGCCUUGCAAUCCGGUCUUUGACCGCGGUCGGGUGGUGUUCAAAGGUUGGAGGCUCUUCAAGCAAUUGUCGAGCUGGUCUACCACUGACUCGAAUCAAUCACUCGUAAGUUGCCGCGAGGAGGGCUUCUAUCUUACAUAUGUGUGAUCGUUAGUAGGCCGGAAGGCGGUGUUCCACGUUGCAAAUCUUCAUCUUGCUUGCAUCUCGCGUGACGUGCGCGAGGUGCAGGUUUGCUGGAAGAGAAGAAGGUGGUGGAGUUUGGGAGAUUGUGUAAAGAUGGCCUCUUCUGGUUCUGGCACGAAGCCUGAGGAUGUUCCUCCUGCUCCGGAAGGGAGGGGGACAAAGAGAGACUUUACAUCUGCAAUCCUUGAACGUAAGAAAGCUGCCAAUCGUUUGAUUGUGGAUGAGGCUGUGAACGAUGACAACUCUGUCGUUGCUCUUAACACAGAGACCAUGGACAAGUUGCAGCUUUUCAGAGGCGACACAGUCCUGGUCAAAGGCAAGAAACGGAAAGACACUGUUUGCAUUGUGUUGGCGGAUGAGACCUGCGAGGAGCCAAAGAUUCGGAUGAACAAAGUCGUUCGGGCUAACCUUCGAGUGCGCCUCGGCGAUGUCGUUUCUGUGCACCAGUGUGCCGAUGUGAAGUAUGGAAAGCGUAUCCACGUUCUACCUUUGGACGAUUCAGUCGAAGGCGUUACCGGCAACAUCUUUGAUGCCUAUCUCAAACCUUACUUUAUGGAAGCAUACCGACCAGUACGUAAAGGGGACCUGUUCCUGGUUCGUGGAGGAAUGAGGAGCAUAGAAUUCAAAAUUAUCGAAACCGAUCCAGCUGAAUACUGUAUCGUGGCACCCGACACGGAAAUUUUCUGCGAGGGUGAGCCUGUGAGGAGGGAGGAUGAGGAGCGCUUGAAUGAGGUCGGUUACGAUGAUGUCGGAGGAGUCCGUCGCCAGAUGGCACAGAUCAGAGAGCUUGUUGAACUUCCACUGCGCCACCCCCAGCUUUUCAAGUCUAUUGGAGUGAAGCCACCGAAAGGAAUCCUUCUGUUUGGUCCUCCUGGAUCUGGGAAGACUCUAAUCGCAAGAGCUGUGGCUAACGAAACUGGAGCGUUCUUCUUUCUUAUCAAUGGACCUGAAAUUAUGUCAAAGCUAGCGGGAGAGAGUGAGAGCAACCUCAGGAAAGCUUUUGAGGAGGCCGAGAAGAAUGCUCCAGCCAUCAUUUUCAUUGAUGAGAUCGAUUCCAUUGCCCCCAAGAGGGAGAAAACUCAAGGAGAGGUGGAGCGGAGAAUUGUCUCUCAGUUGCUGACACUGAUGGACGGUUUGAAGUCUCGUGCACAUGUGAUUGUAAUGGGCGCUACCAACCGCCCUAACAGUAUCGAUCCUGCCUUACGUAGGUUUGGCCGAUUUGAUCGCGAAAUCGACAUUGGAGUACCUGACGAAGUCGGUCGACUGGAGGUGUUGCGUAUUCACAGCAAAAAUAUGAAGCUUGCUGAAGACGUCGAUCUUGAGAAAGUUGCAAAGGAGACUCAUGGUUUUGUCGGAGCAGAUUUGGCAGCGUUGGCCACCGAAGCUGCACUCCAGUGUAUUAGAGAGAAGAUGGAUGUAAUUGACCUGGAGGAAGAUUCCAUUGAUGCUGAAAUCCUUAAUUCUAUGGCAGUUACAAACGAGCACUUCCAGACUGCGUUGGGUACAAGCAAUCCUUCUGCACUACGAGAGACAGUUGUUGAGGUGCCCAAUGUCACCUGGGAAGAUGUCGGUGGCCUUGAUAAUGUUAAACGGGAGCUCCAAGAGACUGUGCAAUAUCCAGUGGAGCACCCCGAAAAGUUUGAGAAGUUUGGUAUGUCACCCUCCAAGGGAGUCCUCUUUUAUGGACCACCUGGAUGUGGUAAGACAAUGCUUGCAAAGGCUAUUGCCAACGAGUGUCAAGCUAAUUUCAUCAGUGUUAAAGGUCCUGAGCUUUUGACUAUGUGGUUCGGAGAGAGCGAGGCCAAUGUACGAGAAAUUUUUGACAAGGCCCGAGGAUCAGCUCCUUGUGUGCUCUUCUUCGACGAGCUCGACUCCAUUGCUACUCAAAGAGGAAGCAGCGGCGGUGACGCCGGUGGUGCAGCAGAUCGUGUACUCAACCAGCUGCUCACAGAGAUGGACGGCAUGAAUGCAAAGAAAACGGUCUUCAUUAUAGGUGCUACGAAUCGACCUGAUAUUAUUGACUCUGCCCUAUUGCGACCGGGAAGAUUGGACCAACUGAUCUACAUCCCACUUCCUGAUGAAGCUUCCAGGUUACGGAUCUUCCAAGCAUGUUUGCGCAAAUCGCCCAUUGCUAAGGAAGUCGAUCUGGAGGCACUUGCUCGCCACACUACGGGCUUCAGUGGUGCUGAUAUCACCGAAAUUUGUCAACGGGCUUGUAAAUACGCAAUUCGUGAAAAUAUUGAAAAAGAUAUUGAAAAGGAAAAAAAGAGAGCUGAGAACCCAGAAGCAAUGGAAGAGGAUGAUACCGAUGAAGUGUCAGAGAUCAAAGCAGCGCACUUUGAAGAGUCCAUGAAAUUCGCUCGCAGGAGUGUUAGUGAUGCCGACAUCCGCAAGUACCAAGCUUUUGCCCAAACGUUGCAACAAUCUAGAGGCAUUGGUUCAGAGUUCCGUUUUCCAGAACGACCAGCCACUGCUUCCGGGACUGCUGCAAAUGGUGCUGCAGGGACGGUGUCUGCGUUUGCUGGAGGAGCAACUGACGAAGACGACUUGUAUAAUUAAGGAUUCUAUCUGCCACAACGCUUCAGGAAAUCGUUAUAGGGUGAGCUGGGGUUUGAGUUUUAGGAUAUUAGGAGUAGUUAAUAUUUGUUUGUACAAAUGAAUAUGCAUCCAGUGCGAGUGGCAGUUUUUUCCCGGUCCCCCUGCCUGAAUGCUGUGUCGACCAGUUCGGGUUGGGAAUUAAACGCUGCAAUUCGAUUCACAGUUUUAUACUCGAGGUCGUUUGUAUAUGUUGAGCUGCUCAAUCUUAAGGUUGAUUCAUAUUUUCAUGGCUUAUUAGUGUGUUUGUCUAGCUAAAAGACUGGGAGUUCAUAGUUAAGGCAUGUACUCUUGAUACUA